CCUGGGCCUGGAUAACAGCACAGCACCCAGGGUGCACUGGAACCACGGGGCGUGUCAGUCUCUGUGCACAUGUGUGUGCACAAGUGUGUGUGAGUGUGGAUGAUAGGUACGUGUAUCUGGGCCUGUGUGUGACGUGGCGGGGGGUGUGUGUCCACGUCUGUGUGCCCAUGUGAACAUCUGGAUGUGUGUCCAUCCGUGUGCAUCACUUGGUAUGUAUAUUUGUGCAGGGGAGGGCUGGGGGUGCACGUGUGUGUCGGUUUGCACUGCACACACAGGCAUGAGCCCAGCUGUUGCAGCUGCUUCUGUAGCUGCUCGUUAACCCAUUGGCUGCCGGGGCAGGGCUGGAGGAUGCCACUCACUGGGCUGGGACAUGUGGCUGGCAGGGCUCUGCCAUCCAGCAUCCCUGGUGCUCCGCUUGCCUCCGCCUGUGCUUGGGCUCCCCUGCGGCCCCUGGCUUCCAAGGUCACCACCCUCAGCUGUGGGCGGUUCAGGCUCCCUGCUUCUAAAUGGUGUCUGGGCUGAGUCAUCCCCUGGCCUGGCCAGUCCUGCUCCAUGAAACACCCCUUCGCGAGGCCACUGUGCCGUCUUGGCCCCGGGCUUGCUCCACACCAGCCACCAUGCGGCUGCCCCUGCUCCUCCUCGUUGCUUUCCUGGAAUUUCACUGCUCAGGCCCGUUCCAGGUGCGUCUGUCCGGGGGCCCCAGUGCGUGCGUGGGGCGUGUGGAGAUCAGCCACAAGGGCCGCUGGGGCUCGGUGUGUGACGACGAGUGGGAUCUGGCCGACGCAGCCGUUGUGUGCCGCCAGCUGGGCUGUGGCACUGCGCUCUCUGCCCCCGUGGGCGCCUGGUUCGGGGAGGGCACCGGCCCCAUCUGGCUCAAUGAGAUGCGAUGCCAGGGCUCCGAGCAACACCUGCGCCACUGCCGCCACCGGGGCUGGAGCCAGCACGUCUGCACCCACGAGGAGGACGCCAGCGCCGUGUGCUCAGCUCACCGCUUCCUGCCCUUCAUCACCACCGAGCCCUCGGUGCAGCUCAGGGACCCCCGACCCCCAGCACAGAGCACAGCCCGGGCUCCCACCACGCCAGCGCACAGUGGCGCCCCCCUGCGGCUGGUUGGGGGGCCCCACAACUGCGGGGGGGGCCUGGAGGUGCUGCACAGGGGCCAGUGGGGCUCAGUGUGUGAUGACGGCUGGGGGGGGCCGGAGGGCGCCGUGGUGUGCCGGGAGCUGGGCUGCGGUGCGGUGCAGGCCUCCCCCGGGGGGGCGCAUUUUGGGACAGGCACUGGCCCCAUCUGGCUGGACGACGUGGGCUGCAGCGGGAAGGAGGUGUCUCUGCGGCACUGCCGGGCACGGCCCUGGGGGCGCAGCAACUGCCAGCACAACGAGGACGCCAGUGUCGUUUGUACAGGUAUCACCCGGAGCUAUGUACCCCCCCAGCUACCCCCACUCGAACUUCCCCCCCUCAAGAUACCUACCCCCCAGCUACCCCCACCCUGA